CUGAAGUGUGUGUGCCAGCUGUGCGAGCACACCAACUUCACCUGCCAGACGGAGGGUGCCUGCUGGGCCUCCGUCAUGCUGACCAACGGGCGGGAGGAGGUGAUCAAGUCCUGCGUCUCCCUCCCGGAGCUGAACGCGCAGGUCUUCUGCCACAGUUCCAAGAACAUCACAAAGACCGAGUGCUGCUACACCGACUUCUGCAACAACAUCACCCUCCGCCUGCCCGUCGAGUCUCCCAGCAGAGCCAGCACGGGACCCGUGGUGCUGGCGGUGACGGUGGCGGUGCCGGUCUGCGUCCUCUCCCUUGCGGCGGUGCUGGUGGCAUGCACCUGCCAGGGCCGGCGCUGCGCCCGUGGCAGGGCGAAGCAGCCCAACGUGGAGGAGCCCCUCUCCGAGUGCAACCUGGUGAACUCUGGGAAGACGCUGAAGGAUCUCAUCUACGACAUGACGACCUCCGGCUCCGGCUCUGGUUUACCGCUGCUCGUACAAAGAACAAUCGCAAGGACUAUUGUCCUGCAGGAAAUUGUAGGAAAAGGCCGAUUUGGCGAAGUCUGGCGUGGCAAAUGGUGCGGGGAGGAUGUAGCUGUGAAAAUCUUCUCCUCCAGAGAUGAACGGUCCUGGUUUCGGGAGGCAGAAAUUUAUCAGACGGUUAUGCUGAGGCACGAGAACAUCCUGGGCUUUAUUGCUGCCGAUAACAAGGAUAACGGGACGUGGACUCAGCUCUGGCUUGUCUCAGAGUACCACGAGCAAGGGUCGCUGUUUGACUACCUGAACAGAGGGACGGUGACGGUGGAGGGCAUGGUCAAGCUGGCGCUGUCAGUGGCCAGCGGCCUGGCACACCUCCACAUGGAGAUCGUUGGCACGCAAGGCAAGCCAGCGAUUGCGCACCGAGAUCUGAAAUCUAAAAACAUCCUAGUGAAGAGGAAUGAAAGCUGUGCCAUCGCGGACCUGGGCCUGGCGGUGAAGCACAACUCGGUGCUGAACACCAUCGACAUUCCCCAGAACCCCAGGGUGGGGACCAGGAGGUAUAUGGCUCCUGAGAUACUUGAUGAUGUGAUGAACAUGAACAUCUUCGAGUCCUUCAAGCGUGCAGACAUAUACUCUCUUGGGCUGGUAUACUGGGAGAUAGCCCGAAGGUGCUCCGUUGGAGGAAUCACCGAGGAGUACCAGUUGCCUUACUAUGACGUUGUGCCUUCUGAUCCUUCGAUAGAAGAUAUGAGAAGGGUAGUUUGUGAGCAGAAGCUCAGACCAAAUAUUCCAAACCAGUGGCAAAGCUGUGAGGCGCUGCGAGUAAUGGGCAGGAUAAUGCGCGAAUGCUGGUACGCCAACGGCGCCGCGCGGCUGACCGCGCUGCGUAUUAAGAAGACGAUUUCUCAGCUCUGUGUGCAGGAGGACUCCAAAGCCUGA